GCAGAGAAAGAGGAUCCCUCAAGUCUUGAGCACUUGAGGCAGACAAUUGUUGAGGAAGUCAAGAAGACUGAGAUGGACCUACCCCUCAUUAAAAAGAUGAUGCACACCACAUUUGCACUGCGGCGACAGACCAUAGUGAGGACAUGCCCGGCAGUGAACGAGCUCAUGGACCUCUGGCCUGCUCUCAAAAUGGAGUCUGAGGUGUAUGCAGAGUUCCAACGGAUUACAAACCAGAAUCUGCCCAACACGUUCUACGCUGCUUUUGACCGCCAUCUUCCUCGACUGAUGGCCAUAUUUAGACAGAAGGCGUCCAAAUCUGGGAAGACAGCUGAGGCUUUGGCUGAAAUUUUAAAAAUCCAUGAUGAACAGGAAUUACACGACAUCAACACCAGGCGUACCACCGUUAUCCAUGCCCUUCCUGUGUAUCUGCAAGAGGACACCUCUGGAUUUUUCCGAACCUGCACAGAAGAGUCCGAACCAGAGCUUGGAGGUGUUGCAGUGGCCCUCCUUACUGUCACCAGUGACAAUGGCACAAGUCAAGUGCAAUAUCAGCCUGUGACUAUCUCUGUUGUCAUCGAAAAUGAUAUUGUGGUCAGCCUCCCCAGACUUGCAGAUGCAUUCCUGGUAAUGUUUGGACUAAUGUAUGCACUACACCUCAGCUAUCCCAAAGGACUGACAAACACUUUCGAGUUCACUCAGAAGGUUUUACUUGGUCUGGAAGAUGGUAAAUUGUCGCCCAAGUUGCAGACCCUCAAGAAUGACUUGCUGAUGCAUCUGUAGAAAUGCAUCUGAAAAACAGGUGUGGAGUGGGGCAUUUUAAGGCAUUUUGCCUCUACUUCAAAGUGAUUUCCUUCUGAAAUAAAAAUGUCUUAAGAAAGUUGCUGUACCAGUUGCUGCAGGUUUUCAGCCAGGUGGUCAAGCUGCUCAAUGUUCCCUUUUACUUGUACAUGUUGUAUUAAUGUCAAAUGUGUACUGUUUACCAUUGUUCACAUCAAAGUAUCUUUGAUUUUGAGGGAUGACUGUUUGUACUUUAAUAAUACCAAAUAUUUCUGAUUAACCGGCAUUAAUCAUGUUUGUUUGUUGUUGUUGUUGUUGUUGUUGUUGUUGUUGUUGUUGCACUUUAACUCAUCCAGAUGAAGAUUUGAUACUUGUUAAUGUAAUUCAUUUACAUUUUAGAGUUUUACAGUUAAAGGGUUCAGACUGUCAUUGUGAUUUUAUCAAAGUUGUUGCUCUAUUCAGGUUUUAACCAAAAUGUGCCAAAAGUACAAUUGCCUUUGCAUUUUUUUAUUUUUUUUUAUGACUACUUAUUUUACUGUCUUGUAAAUGUUAACAGGACAGCAUGUUAAAUAGGCUAGAAAAUAAGAAAUGU